UUUUUUGGAGCCAUGAAGAUUCUGAUCAACGGCAUCAUCAAGCUCUUCCUCCAGUACGUGUUCCGUCCGCUGGAUCAUGCCCUGUUUUCCAAAGAUCGCUGCAGUUCGCGAUUUGCGGUGCUAGAUCCUGUCGCGGGAUAUGUCAAGGACUUCCGAACUGCCUUGACGGUUCAUGGUUUUUAUCCUCUUCCAACCUGUCCCGCUUGGUCCGUCACUGGUUAUUGUUCCAAAUGCCCCGGAGCCGCCUGCUUUUGGUGCGUAGAGUGCCACUGUCGCUUCUGCCCUGGCUGCGCAGCCAGAUAUCACCACCCGGGGCUCUACUCCGAACAUCACUCGCUGGAACCCAUCAAGAAACAGAAAGAACAGCGACUUGCUGCGCUUCUGUUGAGCAACUUCUUAGUUGUAGGCACAAUCCUCUAUUUGCUCUCAUCCGUCAAGGUCGGCCGUGACUACCUGUUCUCCAUGGACAUGUGCCCCGUCAUCAGCAAGGCAAAGACUUUGGCGACGAGGGUGGAUGCCAAGGUCUUCUACUACUAUAAGGCAGAUCUUGCGAGAUACUGCAAUAUGGAGGAUUCAUUUUACAAGUUCUUCCUUGAUGGCUGGGUACGUGGUGUGGUGACCCGUUCGGACGACACUCUUCUGGUGUUGACGUCGGCAGGGCCUGCCUAUGUCAUGGUCACCGUGCUAUCGCUGUUUCUGGUACCAGUGGUGGCCACCUUGUAUGGAUGGUUCAUGGGCAUCGCUCAUUUCAUCGAUAGUAAAAUUCCACCAUCCGAAGACAUUCACACUGCGGAGGCGUAUUUGCGGAGCUUCGACGUCUGCGCCUUCUUCGGUGGGCAAUCCUUGGCACCACCGAUGACGGAGCCGCGACUUCGGGCUGACCAGGACUUCUAUGAUGCGAUGAAGUACAAUGCGAAUCGGAGGAUGCGCUUCUCCAACUACUACGCUACGGUGGCGAAGGAUGACUUGACCUAUUGGGUCCAUCGCUCCGUGCCAUGGUUCUGCGGCUUCCGACUGCUGCUGAUUUGGUGUCCGUUUGAUCUCGCAUACCUUUUGCGGAUCGUCUUCAGCUUCUUUGGUAUGGGCAAAGCUAUACGGCAACACGAACUCUGGUUCAGACACGCAGUGUCUAAUAUGAUCUUCAGUGACGCGUUCAGUCUAAGCUUUCUGCAGAACUUCAACUCGCUGACGCUGGAGAUACUUGCGCUGCUCCCUUUCGGAGUAGGAGAUGGAGUGAAGAGUUUGAUUCUCUCCAUCCUCUUGGGCAUUUUGGCGGUGAUUGGUGUCUUCAUCGCCUUGGUCCAUCGCAUUGUGACGGAAAACCGGGAGUACACUGCCAAGUGGGGCGAUGGUGAGGGUGCCGAGACGGUGGGCAGCUGUGCUCUUGACAGCUGCCCCUGCGCAUCCAUCCAGUUCUUUGAGCGGAAAUGAAGAGCGUUUCCGAAACGUUUCAGAUGCCGAGUGGUAGCAUAAAGGUCCUGAUCACUUGUUAUAGGGGUUGAUGAUGGUUGAUGAUGGUUGAUGCGGUUUGUGUCAUUUCUUUUCCGUUGGCGUGACCAUCUAUUUCAGGGGGCGCCAGCUCUUAGAUAUUUCCCACAUUUUCCAAACGCAGAAGGCCUUCCUUCUGAGAACAUC